GGGCGGUCAGAAAGAGCGGCGGGAGCUUCAGGGACCUAACUGCGAGCUGAGCCCAGCCCAGCGGCUCGUCCCUCUUGUCCAGCCUGUCCAGCCCCAGCCAUGGCCCGACGCGGACUGCUCUGGUUGCCACUGGUGCUCUACGUCGCCUCAGUGAGGGCCAACAGCAAGGUAUUCGGUGAUACAGAACAGGUUCAGAUGACGUCUGAGGGCUCUGACUGCCGCUGCAAGUGCAUCCUGAGACCCCUGAGCAAAGACGCCUGCAGCCGAGUCCGAAGUGGGAGUAUGAGAGUGGAGGACUUCUACACAGUGGAAACUGUGAGCUCUGGGGCUGAUUGCCGCUGCUCCUGUACCGCACCCCCUUCCUCUCUCAACCCCUGCGAGAAUGAAUGGAAGAUGGAAAAGAUCAAGAAACAAGCACCUGAACUCUUCAAGCUCCAGUCCAUGGUCGACCUCCUGGAAGGGACAUUAUACAGUAUGGACCUGAUGAAAGUCCACGCCUACAUCAACAAAGUGGCCUCUCAGAUGAAUGCCCUGGAAGAGACCAUUAAGACAAACCUUAGCCGGGAGAAUGAUUUCAUGAAAGAAAGCGUGGCCCACCUGACCCACCAGAUGAAGCGUUAUGAGAACUACUCAGACAUCAUGAUGAGUAUUAAGAAGGAGAUUUCCAGCCUGGGCUACCAGUUGCUACAGAAGGAUGCAGCUGCUGGUCCUGAGAGCAAAGCCCAGGAAACAGCUGGUGGAAAAGGCAGAGAAGCCAGCAAAUAUUCUGGAGUCAAGAAAAACUUUGGGGACAAGGCUGUCCCAAGGCCUCCCAAAGACAAGCUUCUGAAGGUGGAGAAAGUGAGGAAAGACACCGUGAAGGGCAAAGCCCUGCAGGCCACAGCUAGGCCCCGGGUCCUCCCACACCAGCAAGCAGUGAUCCGAGGCAUCACCUACUACAAAUCCACAAAGCAGGAAGACGUGGAGAAUGCAGCUGAAAACACCCUCAAGGGAGUAACAGGGCUGGAGCAGCAAGAAACCAAGCUAGAAGGAAGGCACCUGGAACCCAACUCUGAUGAGCAGGAGGAAGUGGGAGCUACAGAUGAAGGAGGCCCCACCCCUGGCCCUCCUGCAAGCACUACCCCUCUUCCCACCACCAUGGUUCCCACUACCACCACCACUACUACCAACAACCCUCUGGUCACCAUACUGUCCAUUGGAUACAAUGCUGCAGGCCCCAAUGGGUCAGAAAGUCCUAACCAAGUCAAAGAAGUGGGGUGUGAAGGCACCAUCAAGUCUGUUGAUCCUCCUGUGAAGCAGCACAGCUAUGGACGGAAUGAGGGAGCUUGGAUGAAGGACCCUACAGCCCGAGAUGACAAGAUCUACGUCACCAACUACUACUAUGGGAAUAGUCUGGUGGAGUUCCGUAACCUGGACAAUUUCCAACAAGGCCGCUGGAGUAACAUGUAUAAACUUCCGUAUAACUGGAUUGGGACGGGCCAUGUGGUGUUCCAGGGCGCUUUCUAUUACAACCGUGCCUUCACCAAAAAUAUCAUCAAAUAUGAUCUCCGGCAGCGCUAUGUGGCAGCCUGGACCCUGCUCCCAGAUGUGGUGUAUGAGGACACUACCCCAUGGAAGUGGCGAGGCCACUCUGACAUUGACUUUGCCGUGGAUGAGAGUGGGCUAUGGGUCAUUUACCCGUCAGUGGAUGAGGGUGGCUUCUCCCAGCAGGAGGUGAUUGUGCUGAGCCGGCUGGACCCUGGUGACCUGUCUGUGAGGCGGGAGACCACCUGGAAAACCCGCCUGAGGCGCAACUCCUACGGGAAUUGCUUUCUAGUCUGUGGGAUCCUGUACGCAGUGGAUGUCUACAAUCAGAGGGAGGGGCAGAUCUCCUAUGCCUUCGACACUCACACCAACACUGAUGCCUACCCCAAGCUGCCUUUCCUCAAUGAGCACUCCUUCACCACCCAGAUCGACUACAAUCCCAAGGAGAGGGUCCUCUAUGCCUGGGACAAUGGCCACCAGGUUACCUACACCCUCCAUUUUGUGGUCUGAGGGAAGCAGGGGUCCUCUCUCCCACCACAGUGGGAAGCACUUUUUGGCCACCACCACCCCCCAGGCAUAAAGAAAGAGGCCACAGGUGAACAGUGCUCCCCUCUGAGAUUACUCAUGAUAGCCCCCAUGCUCACAGAGCAGGGGUGUAUUGGAACAUUUCUGGGGCGGCCCAGACUGGAGUGGUGUUACUGGAGGCAGGGAGAGAGAGACAGAGCAGAGAGAGGGGCAUACUUUAUAGAAGGCUUGGAAUAGGCUUCACCUAUCCCUAAAAGCUUUCUCAAGCUAGACCCCCAUCCUCUCUCUGUCCUUUCCUCUUUCUCCCUUCUAUGGUCUCUUCAUUCUUGAAAUAAAAUUCAGUUGCCCUUGUG